CUGGGGCGCCGGGUCACGUGGCCGGCGAAGAGGGUUUAUCCCGCUGCCCCUCCGAGCUCCGCCGCUGCUCUGCCGCCCAGGCCCAUGGCCGCAGCCCUGGCGCUCGUGGCGGGGAUCCUGGCGGGGGCGGUGAUGCCCCUCUGGAGCGCGCUUCCGCAAUAUAAAAAGGGAUUGUCCCCAGCCUGGCAGACAUCCUGCCUGUCCCCACAGAAAAUCACAGACAGGUGCUUCCACCACUCUGAGUGCUACAGUGGCUGCUGCCUCAUGGACAUGGAAUCCGGUGGAGCCUUCUGUGCCCCCAGGGCCAGAAUAACCAUGAUCUGCUUGCCCCAGACCAAGGGAGCUACCAACAUCAUCUGCCCUUGCCGGCUGGGCUUGACAUGCAUAUCCAAGGACUUGAUGUGUGCCAGCCGGUGCCAUAUGAUUUAGAGGAAGAUGCAGACUGAUCACUGCUCCCUUGGGGCCAGAGGCCCUGGGUGCCACCAACUUGCACCAAAUCCAGCUCCUGAGACAUUAAAGUCACUUCCUG